AUGUCUGCCGAUUAUCAUGCAAAAAUGUCUCAGUCUUUAUUCAAUUAUUACAAUAAUCUGGUGGCAAUAAAAGAUAAUGACAAUACAAAUACAUCCCCGAAUAAGUCUUAUUCAACUUCAGAAACAACAGUUCCUAUCUUUAACAACAAUACGCAUGAACAACCACAACCACAACAAACACAGCCACAGAAUUUUCAACUUAAUCAACCAGGUAGUCUAUUAACUCCAAAUAUCCAGGAAUAUAAAUCUCGUGGAUUCUUUGAAGAUGAAGAUGAAGAUGAUGAAUUUGGAUACUUUUCAUCAAGAGCAGCAAUGUCAGUACCUUCAUCUCGAAUAGAUACUACUACAAAUACAUUUGAUCAACAACUACAACAAUUUGUUCUCAAGCCGGAACAAACAAUAUAUUUUAAUAAUCAAUCUCAAGGCGGACAAAAUUAUCAAGUACCGCCUCCUCAAAUGUCAACACAAGAACAACCAAAUAUACAACAACCACAACAACAACACCAGGAUAUACAAUAUAAUCAACACGUGCAUCAACCACUACUACAGCAACAACACAUGCAACGAGCUCCGGUACUGCAAACACAGGCACAACAGCCUCAGUCUUAUAUGGGAAACAACAACGUAAUGGUACCACCAGCAAGACCUCCACCACAAAGACAAAACACAGCUCCAGUUUAUAGUUUAUCGGUGAAGAAUCUUCGACAACAACAGCAGCAGCAACAACAACAACAACUACAGCAACAGAAUGCAUCAAACCUGCGAUACAUCAGUCCCCCAACUGGAUAUUUCCAUCAACGAGGUGAAUCCAUGUCUCAUGAUACAAGACCAAAAAUCAAGAAAGGACCAAGACCUAAAAAGAAACCUGGGUUUCAUUUGAAAUUGGAUGGACUUCGAAAAGUUUCUGGUCCAACAAUCACCUCAUCACAAUCAGAUUCAGGAACUGAUUAUUGGAAUAGAACACCAAGUGGAUAUUCCAAGCUGAAUCUUUCUUUUGCUCCAGCACUUGGUACCGAACAAGGUCAAGAUUUAAGAAUUUCUGAACAAGAUUUGGAACUUAACGAUAACAAUUUUUCAAUUCCAUCAUUCAAUCUUACCCCUUCAGUUGAUCCUCCCCGAAAUGGAACUUCAGGUUAUUUUGAAUUGACCAACCAAAACACCAACAUCAACAACGCCAACGCCAACAAUCACAAUAACAAUUUGACUCCUGGAAUAAAUACUCUUGGUGCAACUGCAGGAGGGUUUUUCUCACCAGCAAUUAAUGAAAAUGCUGUCAAUUAUUUUAAUCAAACUUUUGAAGAGUAUUUACAAGAUGCAGAAAAGAUUUCAUCUACAAAUGAAAACACAAACACUAAUGAUAUUCUUGGAGCCAGUACAAACGAGUUCCAACAAGAUACAUUGGAUACCAAUUUCACUGACUUGAAUCUACCAGAAAGCCAAAGCUUAUUUGCCCCAUUGAAUUUUGAUAAUUCACUUAGCAAUGAAUUUUUGUCUCCUGAUAAUGAAACCAUAGAUAGUCAGAAUAGAUCAUUUAACAAUGAAAUUUCUACUCCACAAUAUUACAAUAACAGUACCAGUGGUGGUGAUGAAGAUGAUCAAGAACAGGUUUCAGUACAAGCACAAUGUAUGGGACAGACACCAAAUCAUUCUGAUUCAAGAUUGGCAUUACCUGUUUUACAAAGAAGUAUAUCUAACCAAAGUGCUCAUAGUGCAAUUUCACUUGGUUCAGAACUGACUCGUUCAACAAGUACUAAUCCUAAUAUAGCUGCGACACCCCCAGCCACUGUCAACAAUAUCGCUCCAACGACCAAGCUGUCCAAGAAGAGAGUUUCAAAAGGGGCCGUUUGUACUGUAUGUGACAAGUAUAUCAGUAGAGACAUUGCCAGACAUAUGAGAAUCCAUGAUGAUGUGGGUCGUUUUCAAUGUGUUUAUCCGAAAGCAAUGUGUAAUCACAGAACUCAGAAUUUCAAUCGUCCAUAUGAUUACAAAAAGCAUUUAUUACAUCUGCAUUUCAUAUUUGAUGAUCCAAAGGGGAAAACUGCUAAUACUUUGACAGAUAAAUUACCUAUCCACGGUACAUGUAGUGCUUGUGGACAAAGAUUUAUUGCUAGUGAUUGGUUAGAUUCCCAUGUAUUAACAAAGGACCCUAAAUCGAAAUGUCGUUACAUAAAUCAGGGAACUAACUAA